AUGAGCGGCAGCGCUGAUGUGGACCUCGUGCCCGCUGCGAUGGCCCCGCCCGCGCCCACCGAGAGCAACAAGCCCAGCCCGGCCGCUAAGGGCCGCACUGCGCCCGAAGCAGCGCGGGGCGGGGAGGCUGGGGCAGUGCAGGGCGCCAAGGGCGGCGCGGCCGGCAGAAGGAAAUCCGUGCCAGUGUCCGCGGCUGUGGCCGCUCCCCCAGACAGGGCCGUGUACAACAGCAUGUACGUCCCGCCCGUGGCCAGCGGCAACUUGAAGCCCGCAGUAUCCACCACGCCGCUCGUGAACUUUCUGAUACAACUGAAAAACUACACGCCCACAAUACCAGACGCCAUGACGGGGCGUCUCGGGGUGCUUGACAGCCAUGGGGACCGGGCUGGGACACCCCCCCUGGGCCAUGGUGGGGAGCGGCGGGGCCAGGGGGGCCCCUCAGGAGCACCAUCUGCAGCCCGGGGACACCCUGGCACGACUGGACUCGUGCGCUGGGCGUGCAUUGUACCUGUGCCCCGGCCACGUGCUUGCCGCCCGCCCCGCCAACCCCUGAACUCCAGUCUCCGUGGGGGUGGGCUGGCGUGGGGACCGCUGCCUGGCUGGUGGCCGACCGUGGCCAGGCACAUUUCCUCCACGGCAGUGCACCGCGGCUGGCUCCAGGUCGACUGGGAGGGAGACCUGAGGGCACGGAGCGCGGGGUAG